CAAUCUGGUUUGCAUUGACACAUACAUAAGCCGAGAGAAGUCAAAAAUUCUGAAAAAGAAGUAAAGCGAAUGAUGUUCGGGUGGGUGUUACUAUCACUGCUCGUCUGUUUAUUGCGGAAGGGAGAAGCAAUAUGGUUGACUGUGCCGGCGAGUGGAACAAAGUGUGUUUCUGAAGAACUUCACAAUAACGUCGUCGUUUUGGCUGAUUACUUUGCUAUCUCCGAUGAUCACUCGAAUCCCAUCCCCACUAUUUCCGUCAAGGUCACCUCACCAUUUGGGAACAACCUUCACCACAAGGAGAACAUGACACACGGUCAGUUUGCCUUCACAACAACUGAGGCUGGUAACUAUCUAGCAUGUUUUUGGGUUGAUGGUCAUAAUCCAGGAGGUGGGAGCUUAACUGUUAACCUUGACUGGAAAACCGGAAUUGCUGCCAAGGAUUGGGAAUCAGUUGCCAGAAAGGAGAAGAUAGAGGGUAUUGAACUUGAGUUGAGAAAGCUCGAGGGAGCUGUGGAGGCCAUUCAUGAAAAUUUGAUUUACUUUAUGAAUUUGAAGCAUGUUUUACAAACGAGUUAAAAUGGCUAUAGCUUAAUAGAAAUAGAAAUUUCUGAGCAAAGCUUGUGUUUUUAACUUGUUUAAGCUUGGGCUGUAUAGGUGUUAUCUCUGCCUGUGCAAUUGAUACUUCCCUAAAGGAUUAUACAUUGGCUAUUCUUUUCUUUUCCUGAUAAAUAGACAAAUGGAUCUUUUCUGGAAGCUAUAGAAAUUUUACACAAAUUUCUGCCUCUAGUAGGGUAUUGAACUUGAGUUGAGAAAGCUCGAGGGAGCUGUGGAGGCCAUUCAUGAAAAUUUGAUUUACUUUAUGAAUUUGAAGCAUGUUUUACAAACGAGUUAAAAUGGCUAUAGCUUAAUAGAAAUAGAAAUUUCUGAGCAAAGCUUGUGUUUUUAACUUGUUUAAGCUUGGGCUGUAUAGGUGUUAUCUCUGCCUGUGCAAUUGAUACUUCCGUAAAGGAUUAUACAUUGGCUAUUAUUUUCUUUUC